GACAUGCCUCAAAGAGUUUUAGCUACUGGGUUACACCUUUACCACCCCGGAUUGCAUGCAACCUUGUUCAUUAUUAACGGAAUAUACGAUUAAAUAGCGUCCCGUUUUUCCAAAGCAUUAAACUAAAAAGAAUAAAUAAGAGAUUACCGUUACUAGGCUGCUAGGAUUUAUUCAAUCGGUAGCGAUUACAGUAAUCAAGUUUUAGUUUGACUUUAUCAGAAAACUGAAGAUUUUCCCGUACGAAAAGUAACGGAUGAAAACGUACAUUAAAAAGUUUGUUAAAAGUAGUUUUUCAUGCAUUGUGGAGUGAAUCGUCUUGAAGCUAAAUGUGAAGCAGGCUCUGUAGCCACAUUUCAACUGCAUACAUCGUCUGCUUCUACGCGGUAUUUCAACUGUUGGACAUUGUUUUCCUGGAGGUGCCUGCACCAUGACGCGAAGAUCUUGUGCUAUUUAUGGAGUCGGAAUUGUCUGCGCUCAUCUGCUGAUAAUCGGGAUUGGCUUGGUUGUGGCCCAAGUAUUUCAAACGUUAAUCCAUAAUCGGUUAAAAAAGGAAAUUACUCUGACUGAGGGUAGCCGUGUGUUUGAGACAUGGAAGAACCCCCCUCCUCCUGUCUUCAUGCAGUUCUUCUUCUUUAACAUCAGCAACCCGGAUGAGUUCCUUGAUGGAAGCAAGCCUGUUGUCUCUCAGGUCGGCCCUUACACAUACAGAGAGUACAGGCCCAAGGAAAAUGUGAGCUUUGUAGAGAAUGGGACCAAGGUCUCUGCCUACCAACCCAAGACCUUUGUCUUUCUGCCGGAUCGGUCAGUUGGUGAUCCUGACAUGGACAUGAUCACAACCAUCAAUAUCCCAGCAGUGGCUGUGAUGAACAAGGUGAAGGAUAGCUUCUGGAGGAGUUCCAUGUUAUCCAUUUUGAUGAAUUCCAUGAAGGUGGGAAUCAUCAUGACACACUCAGUCAACGAGCUUCUGUGGGGCUUCAAGGACCCUCUGCUGUCCCACAUCCACCUUACCAACCCUGACAUUGAUGAGUACUUUGGCCUCAUGUAUAAAAAAAAUGGAAGCAAUGAUGGUGAAUUUGUUUUCCAUACCGGGGAGGCAGACUACAUGGACUAUGGCAGGAUAGCCACAUUUAGAGGAGAAAGCAAGCUGAGUCUGUGGAAGUCUGAGCAAAGUAACAUGAUUAACGGUACUGACGGCAGUACUUUCCACCCUCUGCUGUCCAAAAAUGAGAGACUUUACAUCUUCAGUCCUGACCUGUGCAGGUCCAUCUUCAUGGAGUUUGAGAAGGAUGUGGAGGUGAAGGGGCUCCCGGCAUAUCGUUUUACCCCUCCUCGUGAUGUGCUGGCAAGCAAGGAUGAGAAUCCAGACAACGAAGGCUUCUGUGUCUCCCCAAAGGAGUGCUUGGGUACCGGAUUACUCAAAGUCAGCAUGUGCAGAAAAGGUGCUCCUGUGGUUGCUUCCUUUCCUCAUUUCUACCUGGGAGACAAGAAGUACUCUAAUGCCAUUGAAGGAUUAAAUCCUGUGCGAGAACACCACCAGACCUACCUGGACCUGAACCCGACCACUGGUGUUCCUGUUCGUGCCAGUAAAAGGGCCCAGGUCAACAUCAUUAUCAACAGAAUCCCUGGCUUCCCGAAAACCAAAUUCCUGAAUGAGACCAUCUUUCCUGUCAUGUUUAUCAAUGAGACAGUUGUGAUUGAUGACGUGUCGGCUGCAAAGCUUCAUAAGCUUUUGCUGAUGGUGACAUUGGUUUCCAACUUUCCUCUCAUCAUUGUUGGUCUGGGGGCCGUCCUGUUGCUUGUCUUCAUUGGCCUUAUCAUCCGUGAACGCAAAGAGAAGAUGACAACAAAGGAGAAAACCUCUUAUUCUCCUGUGUGCAACAAGGAGAGUGAUGAAAAAAAUUGCGACACCUACGUUGGCAUGACUCCCAUUAUUGAGAAAUCUUGAGGGAUUUGAAUGUAUUUCUUUGGGAUUCACAGAACUACUUUUUGUGAGUUGGUGUUCAGAGCUGGAUUGUUGUUAGUGAUCAAUGUGACUCUAGUUUAACUAUUAUUUUAAAAUGUCCUCAUUGUUUGUUUGCUUCUGAUCUGCCCUGAAGGAUGAAAUGUGUGUUCAGGGAAGUAGACACGAUUUUUUCAUAUCUUCACUCAAAAAAACAAUUAGUAAUAUAUGCUGGGUAAGUGUUAUGUUAAGUUUAGGUUAAGAGUAGGGGUUAUGGUUAGGAUUUUGGAUAUGAAUGGCUUCUCUAGUCAGUUUUAAAUGCAAGAUCUGCCCUCUUCCUAUUUAAAAUUAUAGUUAAGCAAUCUGAUUUAUUUCUUCCAACAAAAAAAAGUAAACUUUACAAAAACCUGUGAUACUGUGUUCAGUUGAUUAGCUGAACUGCCUAGUUAUAACUGGGGUUUGAAAAAAUAUAUAUAUAUAUAGAAUGGUAUCUCUAUAAGAACAGAACAAUGCAUAAAAACAACCCACCUGAUACCAGUUAUGAAUUUAAAAUCUUAUUGUAAUAAUGUAAACAAGGAUGCUGUAAGAACAACGUAUCGUUUCGAAUGUCCUUUAUUGGUCCCUGUGAAUUUCAAUAGACUGAAUGGAUGAACAUAAUACAAUAGAGGGCUAGGCAAACCUUUCACUGUAUUGCAUGAUUAUAAUUGGGAAGGUGAAGAACUAUGUUUUGGAGUCCAGCUGAACAAUAUGAUUCAGUUUCCAUAUUGAGCAAGAUCCUCAUGCUUAGUGGUUAACAAUAGAGAAUUGACAUUGAAAUAGCCUUUUAGGUCAUUACCUGGCUUAAUCUUUGUGCAGGAAAACGUCCCUAGUUCAUGUCCCUACUUCAACAUAAGCUAUUUGCAAAUUAAUUCAGGUAUUAUUCCAUUCUCAGGGGAAGUGUGCUGGGAACUACUUACCUGGUGCGUUAUGUGAUGGGUUGAUAAUUAUUAUUAUUAAGAGUAAAAGAAGGUCAUGGAAGUGGUAAAAUGCUCUACUGAGCACAAAGGCCACACUGUUAAUAAAUUCAUACUAUACAUUUAUAUUCUAGUUAAUUGUAAAUUUUUUACAGCCCAUCAGUUUCUCGUAUAAUAAUGGAUUUUAAAACUUAGUUCAAUAUGUUUAAAUUUGUCCAUUCAUUUAACUACAAUAUUUUUAACAUGUUUUUUAUAGAAAAUAUCUUUAUUAUUACAUAGGCCACCAUCAUUAUGACAUUGUGGUGAAAUGGUUGUAAGUGAGCAUUUCUAAAUGUUACAUAUCUGACAUUUCAAGUUUGACUUAAUUGCUUAGGUGAGUGUGGUGUCUAAAAGGUGUCAACAUGCUACAGUCUUCAUUUCUGCAUUGCACAAAACAACACCAUGGUGUAGACUGAAUCAUUGUAAGAUGCUUUAGAAUGUUCUCAGUUUGCCAUAUAUUGUGGGGUAAUAAUUUUUUCAAAUGAUCCCUUUUAAAAGUAUAGAAUGGAGGCUAAUUUAUGAACAUGUGUAACUGAAGUAAAAGUCCCCCAGAAUGUUUGAUUGUAUUUUAGUUUUGCCUACAGAAAAGUGUGUCCUAAUUUCCACUUCUAUCAUACAGAAAGUCAGUGAGUCUGUCACACUCUGACUUUGUCAGUGAGGGUUUUAAGCAUUGUUUUGGCACUCUUGCCCAAACUGGGGUUUUGACAUUGUAAUGCAUUUACACAGAAUUAGUCAUUAGACUACAAUUUAAAAACAUCUGUGCUGUAACAUGACACUACAACAUUCUAUGGUGAUUUUGUUAGCGCCUUAUUACAAUUACAUGCAGUGCCUCACAUCAGAUCAGUGUGAUGAUUCCACCUUGCAUACUGAAGGGCAAGCAUUAUGGAGGAGUGAUGCCGUCUGAUGCAUUGCAUGGAGAAUAUUUAAAUAAUGCUAUCUAACUGAAAUUAGCAAUAUUCAGAUCUAAAAGCUGGCUUAAUUCAAUACAAGGUUCUACUAUACAUUAACUCUGCAAUACAAUUGCUUCUGAUAUGACCAUAACCCAUAAGUAUUGUUUUGAUUGUUGUCAAAACUAUCUUCUUGUAAUUGUGGAUAUUUUGCAGUGAUGUUA